CCAGCGAUGUCAUCACGCAGAUUUAACUCAGAUGCCAAUUUUGGAACUCGCAGCAGUUCUUCCAGUUCGAAGAAGAUGAAGGAGAAGAAGCUGGACGGCAAAUGUUUCUGUGGGAGGGAUGUUGUGUUGAUGGAGUCUGGAACGAUUACGAACCCUAACAGAUGGUUCAUCAGAUGUCCUCUAUGGGCGACAAGAGAUUGCAGAUACUUUGUUUGGGUGGAUGAACUCGAACAAGGAUGGGAGGGCGUGGCAAGAUGUUUAGCCAAGAGAAAGUUCGAGCAUUGUUAUGCAACGCUUGAUGAUGGAUUGACUCUGAAUACAGGGGGGAAAUCUGCAAGCAUCCUCAAUGAUGGCUAAGAAGAUAGACAAAUUUAGGGUUGAAAUUAGGGGUGAAAUUAGGGGAAUUAGAGUGAUGAUUAUUACUGUUGCACUGGGGGUAGCAUUUUGUCUGUUUUGUGAGAUGUAUUUAGUUAUGAAAUCAUAAGACUUGUAAAAUUGGAGUUCUUUGUUCUGUCAUAGUUAAAAUUUUUGAAUGAUAUUGGCAUUAUAUGGAUUGUUUCUAAUCUAUACUGGUUUGCUUUACAUGUGAUACAUUGAUGUAGAUACACAAUGUUUGAAUCUGUUGCUGCAAUCUAAAAUGAUUCUGAUAACAAAAUGGACAUAAAUAUGUACUUUCUCCUUAAGGAUCAAACAGUAAACUGGAAAUUAGCAACCUGAUAAUUUUGCUUUUCAAUAUAUGAGUAAGGACCAAAUUGGAUGAAGAAAGUGUUGUAACAAUAACAAUAGUGAUAUCAAAAAGAGGCAAAAGAAGGCAAGUAUAUAACUGCUUUAACAAGUAAAUUGUUCAUUAUAUAUAUAUGGAUGCUGGAGGUUCCAAACAUUCUGAUAUUAGACAAAAAAGUCAAAUACUGGCCACUGAAUUUACACCCUCCAAAAAAAAGCCUUACUAAGUCAUAUCUAAGCAAUUACAUGAAAAUGCAUCAAAAAACACAAGAGUUAUGUAUCUCACAAGUGUAAACUAAAAACAACAAAAAGCCAGAUUCCAAAUUCCCAAAUAAUAGUCUAUGAUAUUGGGGUCGAGUUACUGCUCCCGCUUGACAGACCAUUUUUUCCUCCGCUUGCUCCACAUAUCCUGCCUCGACCUCUACCUUGACCUCUUCCUCUAUCAGAUGUGCCUCGACCUGUAGCAGUUGGAGUGACAACUCCAGAUGUGGGCAUGAACCGCAUGAACCGGGUGCUUGUUCCUGCACUAGCACCUUGCAGUGGAUGUGGUGUAGUUUGAGAGUUGUGUGUGGAUGGAGUUGUUGCUGGCUGGUUGGCAGGUGGUGUACUUGGCUGCUGUCUUUGUCCGGCUGGAGGAGGGCGUUUAACACUUCUCCUUUUAACCUGUUUUCUGGUUGUUGCAUUUGUUGCUGGUGGCUGUGGCUGUGCAGUCGGUGGGGGAGGCAUUGGGUGAGGCUGCUGCAAACCAUAGAACAACGCAGUUAUUAUCACACAAGGCAGCUUAGUUAAAUGACUAAAACAAUGCACUUUCCCAGGUUCCAGCCAGAAAAAAUUAGACAUAGAUGCCAUUCAAGGUAUCAACAUUAACCCUCUCUAUCUCUGUGACUUCACCACCAAUGUAACUAAGCUUCCCACACGGCCCUCUCUCAAACCGUCCUCUAUGAUUAAUACACAGUGUUAUAUGGAUGGUGGCCAUUCCUGAAAGUGAAAUAAACCAACACAUUCUAAGAAAAUAGUGCAUGUUACUACACCUAACAGACACCAUAAAUCAACUACUUAAGCACCUAACACAAACCCUAAAUCAACUAAUCAACUAAUUUAGCAAUUCUUAACCACGAUUUCAUAUGGUAAUGUAAUCUGUCUAACUACUCUCAAUAACAUUUGAAAUUAAUUAACAUUGGCAACAACAUACCUCAACUCUCUGCCGACCAAAGGGGGUGACCUCUACACCGUCGGCGACGAAAUCCCUAGGUUCGAGCUCUGCUGCCUAUUCCUUGCAAGUUCCUCUUUCGACGAAAUCCCCUUUCACAAACCCAUAGUGUUCUACAUUCAAAAGAUACAAUUACUAGCAAAUUUUCAACUAAUCAAAGGUGCAACUCAUCAAAAAUCAUAAUUAUCAUUAAGUGUUCCAACAUCUCCAUCAUAAUUUUCAUGAAGCAGCAAACAGAAGCAACAAAACUGGA